UGAACGCAGCUGAUCGUUAUUCGUAGUUUUACAUUAUCUCUUAUACUAGACGCAUACUUCUUGUAAUAUACUGUUGUGUGUAUACUGUGGGUUGCGAUAAUCAUGUAAAUCGCUAUUGUAUCGCUAAAUACUUAAGGAUUCUCUGGCAUCUAGAAACGUUUCCUACAAUUUUCUACAUUUUUUUUUUUAAUCAAACUGCAUACUGCACAGGAGCACGAAAAGUAUUUCCAUUGACAUUAUUUACAACUUACAAUACGGCUUUUCUUGCAAUCCAUUUUGUUUUCUUAUAAUCUUAAAUUGACAAAUAAGGUAACAACAGAUAUGAAAUUUAUUCAGUUUGCACUCAUACUUAUUAUGACAUUCCCAGAGGGAAAAUCGCAAUUCUGGCAGGACAUGUCAUUUCUUCAAGACGAAUUUCUAAAUCUUGUAUUUCCUAAGGAUUCUGGUUUAAUGAAAGUAAGAAAAAUGAAUCCAAUCGAAAGAAUGACAAUCAAUACAAAAGUAUUGGAUUUCAUUGGCAUGGUGGAACAAUAUGGCUAUCCUGCUGAAGAGCAUAACGUUACAACAGAGGAUGGUUAUAACUUGAAAAUACAUAGGAUACCUGGAAGUCCAUUAUUAAAUAACAAGAUAAAAAAAGAAAUUGUAUUCCUUGAACAUGCUAUUUUGUGUUCAUCUGAUGCCUGGGUAAUAUAUGGCCCCAAAAAAGAUCUUGCGUUUCUAUUGGCAGAUCAAGGAUAUGAUGUAUGGGUCGGCAAUAUGAGAGGAAAUACUUAUUGUAGAUCGCAUGUAAAUAUGACGAUAUACGAUCGCAAAUUCUGGCAGUAUAGUUAUCACGAGGUUGGAACAAAAGAUCUGCCGGCUAUGUUUGAUUACAUUUUAAAAUAUACAGAGCAAAAAGAUUUAUACUAUAUCGGUCAUUCAAUGGGAACUACUUCAUUAUUUGCUCUUUUAUCAACAAAACCGGAAUACAAUGUAAAAAUAAAAAUGGCCAUUUUAAUGGCUCCAGCUGUUCUUUGGAUAGAAAUAUCACCUACAUUAAACGAAAUUGCUAACAUUUUCCCAAUAGUAAAGAAAGUUUUAGAAAACCAUCAAAUAUACGAUGUCCUUCCACAAUCUUUAACAAUUGUUACAAUGGGAAAAAUAUUAUGUAAUGAUAAUAUGAUAACUCAGAGUAUUUGCGUUACUAUAUUUUUCGUAUUGGCCGGUGCGGAUCCAGCACAACUUAAUACUACAAGCCUGCCAUAUUUGAUAUCUCAUUGUCCAGCUGGUGCUUCUGUACAAUCAUUUGAACAUUAUUACCAAAAUGUUCUUACAAAAGAUUUUCGGCAAUAUGAUUAUGGAAUAAAUGAAAAUUAUAAACGAUAUAAACAGAAAACUCCCCCAGAAUAUGAUCUCAAAAAGAUUACUGCUCCAAUCGUUAUGUUUUAUGCAGAAAAUGAUGCGAUUGUUAGAGAACAGAAUGUGCUUGAACUUAGUAAACGUUUACCAAACGUUCUUCUAACAGAAAAAGUUCCAUAUAAAUUCUUCAACCACGUAGAUUUUACAUGGGCAAUCAACGCUAAAACUCUUGUAUUCGAUCGUGUAUUAGAAUUAAUACAACAGUUUGAUACUAAUCAAAAUAUAUCUAUAAAAUAAAUAGAAUUAGAGAAUAUAAAUCUUUUUCUCGCUCUAUGUUGUAAUUUUAAAUGUUUGUAAAUGAAAAUAAACUCAUAAAAUUACCAAAUCAAAUAAAUGUAUUGGUUGAUGCAAAUAAAAUGACCGUUUCUUUUAAUUUAAAUUUGCCCCACGCUGUAUUAAUAUUUCAUGUUGACUUAAACUUUAUUUUUAACAAUUAAAACAGUAGUAAGUAUAGUUAUAUAUACAAAUUUUUACAAACGGGGCACAUAUACUUUUCACAUAAUAUAUAUGUCAUAGCUAUAAAAGAAAAAGUGUAUAAAAAAAA